CCCCGCUGAUCAGACGUGCCACGCCGAAACGAGACCUGUGCAAUAUGACGUCGGUGAUAUACUUUGACUGGCUGGACUAUCUCGUGUUCGGAGCCAUGCUGUUACUUUCAGCGCUUAUCGGGAUCUACUUUGCUUGCUUUGCUAGCAAGAAGCAAAAUACCACGUCCGAGUACCUGAUGGGAGGCAAAACUAUGGGGAUGUUCCCAAUUUCUAUGUCAUUGAUAGCCAGUUAUGUCUCCGGUAUCUCCCUCUUGGGACUGCCCGCAGAAAUGUACACAUACGGAACACAGUUAUGGGCUGUAGUAUUUUCAGAAUGGGCCGUAUCUAUAGCCAUUGCUUUCAUUUACCUUCCUGUUUUCUAUAAUCUUCAAAUCACAUCUACGUAUGAGUACUUACGUCUUCGAUUUUGCCACAACGUAAGGCUACUGGGAUCAAUAAUUUUCAUUGUGAAAAUGAUGCUCUAUAUUCCAAUAGUAAUAUAUGUGCCAGCAUUGGCAUUUAGUCAAGUAACUGGGAUCAAUCUUCACUUAAUCACACCAAUAGUAUGCAUUGUUUGCAUAUUUUACACCACUGUUGGGGGGCUUAAAGCAGUUGUGUGGACUGACACCCUUCAAACGGUACUCAUGUAUUUUGGCGUCGUAUUCGUGCUGAUAUACGGGACAUGGAGACUCGGUGGAGUGAAGAAUGUUAUUGCUAUAAACGAGGAAGGGGAGCGACUGGAGUUUUUUAAUAUGGACCCCGACCCAACCAUAAGGCAUACAUUCUGGACGACAGUAUUUGGCAAUUUCUUCAGCUGGCUCGCGUCGUGUUCCGUCAAUCAGGCAAUGAUGCAAAGAUGUCUGGCUUUAUCGACACUGAAAAGGGCGCGCAUAACUAUAUUCAUAAUGGCGGCUGGCAUCUACACGAUAGUGAGCCUGUGCUGCUACACCGGGCUGGUGAUAUACGCGACGUUCGCGGCGUGCGACCCGCUGCAGACCGGCGCCAUCAGGAAGAGCGACCAGCUUCUCCCGUACUUCGUGAUGCAGAUCACUGGCACGAUACCGGCGCUGCCGGGCAUCUUCAUGAGUGGGGUCUUUAGCGCAGCUUUGAGUUCAAUGUCAACUGGAUUAAACUCACUCUGCGGUGUUAUUUUUGAGGAUCUCAUCAGACCUACCUAUAAUAAGCCAAUAUCAGAGAAAACUGCAAGCUUCAUCAUGAAAAUCAUCGUUGUAGUCAUUGGUGCCAUUUGUGUCGUGCUCGUGUUUUUGGUAGAGCACAUGGGUGCUUUGAUUCAGGCUGGCAAGAGCUUGGCUGGUAUAACUGCAGGCAGUUUACUUGGCCUGUUUUCUAUGGGCCUAUUUUUACCAUGGACUAAUUCAACGGGGGCCCUCGCAGGAGGUCUCGUGUCGACCAUGUUCGUCGGCUGGAUGUCGAUCGGCACGCAAGCGGCCAUGAUGAGGGGGGACAUCGUGUUCCCCACCAAACCCGUGUCGGUCGCGGGCUGUGAGGCAAACGUCACGAUGCCUGGAACACCGGUGUCCAUGGCUCACACUGUGGAAUUUGAUCGGUCGGGUACCUUCUUCCUGUACAGAUUGAGCUAUUUAUACUACACGUUCGUCGGGAUGAUUGUAUGCGUACUGGUGGGCGUCGUCGUGUCGUAUUUCACGCAGCCAAAUGAUCCGGCGAUGGUCCACCGAGACCUCCUGACGCCGCUGAUCCACCGCUGGCUGCCGCCGCAGCACCCCUGUUGCCGGCGCCCGCGCCUCACGCAGCACGACAUCGAGCUCAACGCCCGGGAGAUGUCACACCUGCGCGCACACGCAUAUCAUGCACGCAAGGCGACUGAUGUUCGAGAUCCGGCGUUCUUCUCCAACAACAACUCUGACUCAGCUAGGUUACGCCCUUCUUAAAUCGUAAUUAGAUUAGUUUUAACUAGAUUAUUUUGUAAGCGUAAUGUAGAAAUAAGAUUUCUUGUACGUAACUAUAAGUAAAAUUUUAUA